AUGCCUCAUGUGCACCUGCCCUUUCACCACCACCAUCACCACCACAAAGAUUCAGCAUGCCAACACGAAUCUGCCAAUACCGCUGAUCCUGCCACUAGGUCUUCACAGGAAAUCAGCAGCGAGGAUGGGCAGUCGGUCUAUUCCGCCUUCAAAAACAAGCGCUCCUCUUGGCACAGCAUGUAUCACAAGUUCUCUUUCCACCGUACUGAAGAUUGCCCCAAAGGCGUGCACGCUAUUUCGCGCGAGUCAUGUGAAAAGUGGCUAACGACCCAACUAGAAGGCAAGAUAGCGGACGGACCCUUACCGAUCGCGACACAGUCUCAGGAAGGCAAGCAACAGAAAAGUAUCGAAGACAUUGCUUCACAUUUUCGAGGGCGCAUCUAUCACUUCACCGAUGACGCCCGUGUGCUCCUUAAGGCCUUGGACAUUGUAGCCAAGAUUCACCCUUACAUCGACCUGGCGCUCCUCGCGUUCAAGGGCGUCAUUGAACUCGAGCUCAAGCGUCAGGAGAACAACCAAAAGGUGCUGACGUUGUGUAUCUCGAUGAUGGACAUGCUUGCUGUGUUGGACCACUUGAAUGGCGUCUCCCCAUCUCAAGAGCUCCAGGAUGCGGAAGAAUCAGGUAUUCGGGGCAAGCUCGCAUCUCUACUUCAGGAUAUUUCCAGAGAUAUCACGGAGUGUGGCAACGCAUGCGACGCAUAUGUGAAGAAGCGCAUGAUUGUCCGAAUUCUGAAGAGCUACUUCUACGAGCAGACUCUUGCGGAGUUCGCCGAGCGCUUCGAAAUGAGGCGCAGGCAACUGAGCCUGCUGCUCGACGUCAAAAACUCGGAGGAUCUCGAUCGGACGAGAGGCGCUAUCUACGAGAGCACCCAAAUGAUGCGUGAGCUCCUCGUUCGCCUUGACACUACGCGCGAGCUCGAAGCCAGAGCAUUCAUCAAACAUCAUGGCGGAGCGGGCCACUGCGAGAAGGACGAGGAUGCCCUGGAAAGCCUUCUGCAUAUGGAGGGCGACAUGAUCAUAAUGGUAGGCAGCAAGACGGAGCGUCGAAUGACUUUAUCUUCUUUGAAAAUGGAGCUAUGUGGCGACUUGGAGAAGGGUUUGAAGGAGAACAUGGAGCAAUACGAAUGGAAGUUGACGAAAGCCAAAGACGAGAUAGUCAAAGCCUUGCAAAACAUCGAGGAUUCGAUCAUUCAGGAAAGCGCCAACGUCGUAGCGAAGCUGCGAGAAGGUCCUCAUGAGCGGAUUGACGAUAUGGAAAUCAAGACGCUUUGGCAGGAGAUGCACUGGCGCAACAGUGUCAAGUCCCAGUACUUCACGCUUGCCCUACGCGAUCAUCUCAUUGAGAGGCUACACGGCGUAUAUGGUGGAAGACGCAUCCACCCUGUGCGAGGCAACACUGUAAUUCCUGACCCCUACGACGAAGGCUCGUCUAGUCUCCAUACGUGGGGUCAAGCCCACGCCACUGAUGGUGCCGCCUUCGCCGCGUCCGAGUCGGCAAAGAACAAGAACACUAUCAGGAGCGAUGAACAGUGGGCGAUUGACGCGUUGACCAUGCUGACUGUCCAACCCAUCACUGAGGCGCUGGAUGACGAUGGCACGGGUUAUGUCAGCACAUGGGAAGUCAAUGCGUUCACUUCGUCUCGGCCAGACGACUGGAGUCUGAUGCGUUGGUUAAUUUACUGGGGCGAAGGUCACCGUUUGGCCAUCUUGUUAUCCUCGCCGCCGGUUGAUAUCGUCAUAGGGUGGUACUCGUCCCUACUUCAUUACCGAACCAAGAUCCUGCGGACCAUGCAGAAGAUGCAUGAGCUCCUCGACGACCUGCAUCCGGUGAACCGUGAGACGGUUGACUUCUAUCUCAAUCGUGCGGCCUUCCGCCGAAUCGAACUGCUCAUGCGUGGCCUUGACGUUUCGCGUCCAUGCGCCCGAAGCAGAGUGCUUGCGCAGGUUCAAGAAUUCACGGCUAUGGAAGAGAGGCGCCUGGAAGAGCGGCUGGAGGAGGUGCACUUCGAGAUUGACGACCACAUCACGCUGGAUAUGGUGAAGGGUGACGGCCGUAUUGAGCGGUACAUAUAUCCUUUGCUCUACCUAAUCCUUCGUCGCCACCUACGCUUCAUCAAGCUGGGUGGAAAGUAUGAGCUGAGUGCCCAGGAGCUGGUGCCGGCGAUGGAAUCCCUGCGGCAAGUGAUGAAAGCGGCCGAAGAGCGUGCUCUGACGCUGAGCGCUGUGUUUCGUCAUUCACGAGAGCAGGGUCAAGCGCGACUGAACACCUACGCCUUCGGCAUGUUCCAGCACAUCGCUUCCCAAGGAGAACAUGGGGACAGUCGCCCAGAGGACAACCUCCUCCAGUUCUACUACGAAGGCACUUACGAUGACGCGCUCAACAACGAACAAUGCGAUGCAUUCGCCUCGGAGCUGGGUCUGAAAAGGGUGGUUGCGGAUGCCGGUGUUCUUCCACCUACCAAGCAUCACAACGCCGUCUGCGACGCCUGCGACUGUUCCAUUUCCGGCGAACGAUACGCAUGCCUGCAAUGCGUCGAAGCUGGUCUGCGGACCCAGAUCGACUUGUGCCACGAAUGCAUAACGCAGACGCCAACGUUCGGAUAUCUGGUGCACAAGAGCUCGCACACUCUCGUCAGGAUCCCUUUCCAUCUGCACGACAAGGACAAGAAGCUCGUCUACGACAUGGCGCGAAAGGCGCUCGAGCAUGUCCGGCGCGAUGUCGAGAGCGAGUUCGAAAUGUCGUCCAAAUGGCUUGGGCGCAGCUACCGAGCGCAUGGCAAGUCCAGCAAGGAGUCGCACGUUUGCCAGAGCGCUUCGUGCAGGCACACCAUCACGUCGCCUUUCUGGUUCUGCGCGAGCUGCUAUGCCAACAGGCCGCAGAAGGGCGUCUUCGCCUGCAAGGAAACAUGCAUUACGUCGCACGCAGGCGACCAUCCUAAUCAUAUCUGGAUCCUCGUCAAGGAGGAGGCGCUUCGUGGAGAGCCUUCGUUCCUGGAGCUACAGUUCAAGGCUCUAGAGCAGAACUUGGGUGACCGCAUCAAGUUGCUCGAGCAGAAGCUGAGUGACGCUCUUACGCCCAAUUAA